GCAGCGUGUGUUUUUUCCCACCAGGAGCUCUUGUCAUUGGCCAAACGGAAACGCAGUGACUCUGAGGAAAAGGAGCCACCAGUGAGCAAACCUACAGCAUCUUCGGACUCCGAGACAUCGGACAGCGAUGAUGAGUGGACUGUUGGAGGUUCUAAAAACAAAAAAAAGGGAAAGGCGGGUAAGGCAGAGAAGAAAGGAGCCAUGAAGAAACAGAUGAACAAAGCUGCCUCUUCAGGCAGCUCAGAUAAAGACAGCUCAGCUGAGAGCUCAGCACCUGAAGAGGGAGAAGUGUCUGACUCGGAAAGCAACAGCUCCUCAUCUAGCUCAGAUUCAGAUUCUUCAUCUGAAGAUGAGGAAUUCCAUGAUGGCUAUGGAGAAGAUCUUAUGGGAGAUGAAGAAGACCGGGCUCGACUGGAACAAAUGACAGAAAAGGAGAGAGAACAGGAGCUGUUUAAUCGGAUAGAGAAGAGAGAAGUGCUAAAGAGAAGAUUUGAAAUCAAGAAAAAACUGAAAACAGCAAAAAAGAAAGAAAAGAAAGAGAAAAAGAAAAAGCAAGAGGAAGAGCAGGAAAAGAAAAAACUCACACAGAUCCAAGAAUCCCAGGUCACGUCACAUAACAAAGAGCGACGAUCAAAGCGGGAUGAGAAAUUAGACAAGAAAUCUCAGGCAAUGGAGGAACUAAAAGCAGAAAGAGAGAAAAGGAAGAACAGAACAGCUGAAUUGCUUGCAAAAAAACAGCCGUUAAAGACUAGUGAAGUAUACUCUGAUGAUGAAGAGGAGGAAGAGGAUGAUAAGUCUAGUGAGAAAAGUGAUCGCUCAUCCAGAUCGUCAUCCUCAGAUGAAGAGGAAGAGAAAGAGGAAAUUCCUCCUAAAUCUCAGCCAGUGUCUUUGCCCGAAGAACUGAACCGAGUACGGUUAUCGCGGCACAAGCUGGAACGCUGGUGUCAUAUGCCUUUCUUUGCCAAGACAGUCACUGGUUGCUUUGUCCGUAUUGGCAUUGGGAAUCAUAAUAGCAAACCUGUUUAUCGGGUUGCUGAAAUAACUGGUGUGGUAGAGACUGCAAAGGUUUACCAACUCGGCGGUACCCGGACAAACAAAGGACUGCAGUUGCGGCAUGGCAGCGAUCAGCGUGUGUUUCGUUUGGAGUUUGUCUCAAAUCAGGAAUUUACUGAAAGUGAGUUUAUGAAGUGGAAGGAAGCGAUGUUUUCUGCUGGGAUGCAGUUACCCACAUUAGAUGAGAUAAACAAGAAGGAAGUGUCCAUCAAAGAAGCUCUCAACUACAAGUUUAACGAUCAGGAUAUUGAGGAGAUUGUGAAAGAGAAGGAAAGGUUCAGAAAAGCCCCUCCAAAUUAUGCUAUGAAGAAAACUCAGCUGUUAAAGGAGAAGGCCAUGGCUGAGGACUUGGGGGACCAAGAUAAGGCCAAACAGAUUCAAGAUCAGCUUAAUGAACUUGAGGAGAGAGCAGAGGCCCUGGAUCGCCAACGAACAAAAAACAUUUCUGCCAUCAGGUAGGAAACUGAUACUGGGCACUUUCUGUAUUUCGGUUGAUGCUAUUUUAGGAAGAGUGAUGAAAUCAAUUAAAUCAGCAGCGUUUUAACUGUAAGGCUUUGUUUCUUUGUUGUAUGGAUUGCAUAGUGAUGGUUCUGCUAAUAUUCGCCUCCCUCCACUUCCUUGUAUGUGUCAUUCAGUUAAAAAUGUCAAAAGUAGAAACU